CUGCACGUCGCAUCGCAUCGCGACACCACUUCAAAAACGCGGUAAAGAGCAGCCCGCCUGUGGUAUAGUUUCAACCGCGCCGUCUAGAGCUCAACCUGCUGGCCCGACGCCAGAUCCUGCUGCACCUCCGUAAGCCCAGUUCGCCGAGGUCGCCCGUCUCGCCGACAGGCAGGCCGAUGCGAGGGUUAUUCCAGUGAUGCAGUGCUAUACGGAGCUGACGCCGCCGUCAGCUGUGUCGCAUUCUUUGUCGUUGCCCUUCGUUGCUGCAAAGGCAAACAACCUCGUUGUCGCCAAAUCCUCCCUCCUCCAGAUCUUCUCGACCAAGACCGUCCCCGUCGACCUCGGUGCUUCCCAGAACCCCGCCUCGUACUCGGUCAAGACGAGCCAUGCCUACGACACGAGGCUGAACGACGAUGAGGGGCUCGAAGUCCUGGGCGGAGACGCCGCAAUAGUCAGGUCGGACCGCGCGAGCCAUACCAAGAUUGUGCUUAUUGCCGAGUUCCCGCUUUCUGGAACCGUCACGGGUCUGGCGAGGGUGAAGCCACCAAAUGUCUCCAAGACGGGCGGCGGCAGUGGUGUUGGCGAUCUCCUCCUGAUCGCCUUCAAGGACGCAAAGCUUAGUCUUGUCGCGUGGGAUUCAGAGCGGCGCUCGCUCGAGACGUUCUCCAUCCACUACUACGAACAAGACGAGCUUCAGGGCAACCCCUGGGAAUGCCCGCUGAGCGACUACGCCAACUUCCUGGUGGCCGACCCGGGCAGCCGAUGCGCAGCCCUCAAGUUCGGCCCGAGGAGCCUGGCCAUCCUGCCCUUCAAACAAGCCGAUGAAGAUAUUGGUAUGGGUGACUGGGACGAAGCGCUGGACGGCCCACGCCCUGCACAGUCUCAGUCGGCCGCUGUGGCCAUCAAUGGAACUAGCACUAUAGAAGAUACACCUUAUUCACCAUCUUUUGUGCUCCGACUGCCCAAUCUUGAUCCUGCUCUCCUUCACCCCGUCCAUCUCGCGUUCCUGUACGAGUAUCGCGAGCCCACUUUCGGCAUACUGUCCUCCAGCAUCACGCCGUCCAACUGCCUGGACCGCAAAGACCACCUGACAUACACUGUCUUCACCCUAGACCUCCAGCAGAAGGCAUCCACCACCAUUCUUUCUGUCGGCGGCCUGCCCAAGGACCUGACGCGUGUCAUUGCCCUCCCGGCCCCGGUUGGCGGUGCGCUUCUAGUCGGCGCCAAUGAGUUGAUCCAUAUCGACCAGUCGGGCAAGGCCAACGGCGUUGCUGUCAAUCCCUUCACCAAGCAGUGCACCUCGUUUGGCUUGGCAGACCACUCCGACCUGAAUUUGCGUCUGGAAGGCUGCACCAUCGAGGUACUGUCGGCCGAGCAUGGGGAACUCCUGGUUGUUCUGGACGACGGAAGGCUUGCUACCAUCACCUUCCACAUUGACGGACGCACCGUCUCUGGCCUCAAGGUCAGGAUCAUCCCCCCAGAGGCCGGUGGAAAUAUACUGCCGACCUCCGUGUCCUGUUUGAGCAGGAUUGGAAGGAACGCCAUGUUUGCCGGAAGCGAGCGCGGUGACUCCAUCGUCAUCGGCUGGAAUAGGAAAAGCAGCCAGGUUUCGAGGAAGAAGUCUCGAGUCCAGGACCCCGACCUCGACCUCGACAUCGACUUUGACGAUCUUGAGGAUGACGAGGAUGACGAUGACGACCUGUACGGUGACACGGAGAAAACGACAACUGUGGCAGGUCUCGCGUCCGGCCAGGCAAAGCUAGAAGAUCUAGUGUUCCGGUGUCAUGACAGGCUGAUCAGCAUCGCACCGAUUCGGGAUAUGGCCUAUGGCAAACCCCCUCCUCCUGCAGAAGGCGAGACUGGAAGCAGAAACUCCACGCCCAUUCAGAGCGAACUGCAGCUUGUAGCUGUAGUUGGUAGGGACAGAGCCUCCUCGCUCGCAAUAAUGAACAGGGAAAUGACUCCAGUUAGCAUAGGGAGAUUCGAUUUCCCUGAAGCCAGGGGCCUCUGGACACUCGCUUGCCAGAAGCCUCUUCCCAAAGUCCUACAGGGCGAAAAGGGCACUAAGCCCGUCGGAGGCGAUUUUGGUGUCCCGGUCCAGUACGACAAGUUCAUGGUCGUCGCCAAAGAAGAUGACGAUAACUUUGAGUCUUCCAACAUCUACGUUCUUACGGCGGCAGGAUUUGAGAAGUUGGUAGGGACCGAGUUUGAGCCUGCGGCCGGCUUUACGAUCGAGGCAGGCACAAUGGGAAACCACACCAAGAUAAUACAAGUCCUGAAAUCGGAAGUGAGGUGUUAUGAUGGAGACCUGGGACUCACCCAAAUCAUCCCGAUGUUGGACGAAGAGACCAAUCACGAGCCGCGAGCAACGAGCGCCAGCAUAGCAGACCCCUACCUACUCAUCAUACGCGACGACUCGAGUGCUUUCGUCGCGCACGUGAACGAGGACAGCGAGAUCGAGGAAAUCGAGAAGGAGGACAAGGUGAUUAAGAGCACCAAAUGGAUCGCCGGAAGUCUCUAUGCGGACACCAGGGGGGCCUUUGCUCCCACUCAGACAGACAAGAGCGCGAAACCAACCGAGAGCGUGGUGAUGUUUCUGCUGAGCACCACCGGUGCCCUCUACAUUUAUGCUCUUCCCGACAUUUCCAAGCCCAUCUACGUGGCAGAAGGACUCUGCUACGUCCCACCUCUGCUCUCGGCCGACUACGCGGCAAGAAAAGGAACCUCCAGGGAGUCUUUGAGCGAACUCAUGGUUACGGAUUUGGGUGACAGCACUUUCAAGUCUCCUCAUCUCAUUCUGCGCCACUCUAACGACGAUCUGACUAUCUAUGAGCCGUUCAAGAUAGCGGAGAGCUCACAGAGUUUGUCUGGCACGCUCCGCUUCCGCAAACUGCCGAAUCCUGCGGUGGCAAAGAGUCAGGACACCAAGGUCUCGGAUGACGCCCCCGCUCCAAUGCGCCGCAUGCCUCUUCGCGCAUGUGGCAACAUUGCUGGCUACAGCUGCGUCUUCCUUCCCGGACAUUCACCUAGCUUCUUGAUCAAGUCGUCCAAGUCCACGCCAAGAGUUAUCGGUCUGCAAGGGCCCGGUGUGAGGGCUAUGAGCCCGUUCCACACCAAAGGAUGCGACCGUGGGUUCAUCUAUGCCGACUACGAAGGGGUGGCCCGUGUGGCGCAGAUUCCCAACGACUGCAGCUUCGCCGAGCUCGGUCUCUCGGUCAAGAAAGUGCCGUUGAAUAUGGAUGCAGACGGGAUCGCGUACCACACGCCCUCGGGCGUAUACGUUGUCACUUGCAGCUUCUGGGAGCCGUUUGAGCUGCCGUCGGAUGAUGAAUCCCAUCGAGAGUGGGCCAAGGAGAACAUCACGUUCAAGCCGCAGACGGAGCACAGCGUGCUCAAGGUCAUCAACCCGGUCAACUGGAGCGAGAUCUGGACCGAGGAGUUUGACAAAAACGAGGUGGCCAUGUGCAUCAAGUCGCUGAACCUCGAGGUCAGCCAGUCGACCAAUGAGCGCCGCCAUCUGAUCACGGUCGGGACUGCCAUCUGCAAGGGCGAGGACCUGCCGGUGCGCGGCUGCGUCUACGUCUACGACCUCGCCAGCGUCGUCCCACAAAAGGACCGACCCGAGACGGACAAGAAGCUGAAGCUGAUGGCCAAGGACGAGGUGCCCCGCGGCGCCGUCACGGCACUGUCCGAAAUCGGCACUCAGGGCCUGAUGCUAGUCGCCCAAGGCCAGAAGUGUCUGGUCCGCGGUCUCGGCGAGGACGGCAGGCUGCUGCCCGUUGCCUUCAUGGACAUGAACUGCUACGUCAGCUGCGCCAAGGAGCUUCCCGGGACCGGCUUCUGCGCCAUGGCCGACGCCUUCAAAGGCGUCUGGUUUACGGGCUACACCGAGGGUCCCUACAAGAUGAUGAUAUUUGGAAAGAGCAGCACUAACCUUGAGGUUAUCAAUGUCGACUUCUUGCCUGACGGCCGGAACCUGCUCCUGGUGGCCGCCGACGCUGAAGGGAACCUCCACAUCUUUCAGUUCGAUCCCGAGCACCCCAAGUCUCUCCAAGGCCACCUGCUCCUCAACCGCACCACCUUUAGCACAGGUGCUCACCACCCCCAAAAGUCGCUCCUCAUGCCGACCACCUCGUCGAACCCGUCCCAGCCGGCGACCAACGGCGACGCGUCGGCAGCGGCGGCGGGCCCCCAGCACAUUCUGAUGGCGGCGCCCACGGGCGUGCUGGCGGCGGUGCAGCCACUCGGGCAGGGCGUCUACACGCGGCUCUCGGCGCUGGCGAGCAACCUAGCGGCCUCGGUGCCGCACCACGCGGCGCUCAACCCAAAAGCAUACCGCAUGCCGCCCGCCCCGGCCCGCAACCAGGUCGCCGCCGUCGACAUCUCGGUCGGCCGCGCCGUCGUCGACGGCGCCCUGCUCGCCCGCUGGGCCGAGCUCGGCUCCGGCAGGCGCGCAGAGGUCGCGGGUCGUGCCGGAUUUGCAGGGCCGGAUGAGGUCAGGGCCGAGCUUGAAUCGGCGUUGGGAUGGUCUAUCAUGGCUUAUUUCUGAUGCCGGGUUGGGAAAUCGCAGGUGCUUUUGUUGCUCGCUACCAAUCAGUGAUAGAGUUUGUGUCCAAAGGUGAAUUCCAGAUAUCUGACAACAGUUGAUCCUGAAAACGCUUCUGGCGCGUUCGCCUUUGUCCGAGCUAGGUCGAACGAGUUCAUUUGCUUGCCAUUAACGACGACUGGUAGAAUCAAGGGACAAAGCCACUUCACUUCCUGUAGAGGCUGGGCCGCCGACAAAGGCAUAUUGACUGUGACUAUGCCAUUGUUGUACCAACCGACAGUAAUUUCGGGUCGAACGAUGGCCCAGUCCUCUUAGAUUUAAGUAUUUAUAAAACUCAACCCAACAUCACAGCUCAACCCAGAUCACAGCUCAAC